AUGUUACGGUAUAUAUCGAACAAUCCUAUAAUAAGAAGAAGCGUACGACAUUCUUUCAGACUUUCAUCAUUAUUGCCGUUAAGAAAUAUACAUAAUACAAGCAUUGAUUAUAAAACUACAGAAAAUGUAUCUCAGCUUUCAGUUGAUGACUUUUUACUAAAUGAGAGUUCAUCUACUCAGUAUGAGCCCAAUGUAUCAGACAAAGAGAAAAUUGCUUCGACAGAAACGUUCAUUCUGCAACUUAAUUCGAAUACUAAGAUUAAAGCGAUAGAAAUUCACAUUGAACAUUUAAUUGAAGUCAAAGAUUUCAAGUCAAUAUGGCUAAUUUCUAAACUUAUGAAAGAUUUCAAUAUACCCCCAUCGUAUAAAUUGUAUAUUUUACUAUUAAAAGUUUGCAAAUUGACAAAUAAGCCUGAAUCCACAAGCCUUGCAACAAGGUUGUAUUACGAAGCGAUGAAACUACAUGAAUCAAAGAAACAAGGAUACAAGUUAACACAAGAUAUCCAUAAUGGUUUAGCAUAUUUUUUACUCGGAUCUUUUCAAUGCUGCCAAGACUUCACAGAAUUGAUAACUUUGAAAAUGUUAUGGGAAAAUUACAUUAUAACUAACGUUGAUAAGCCGAUAUAUGAAUUGUUGUAUCACUCAGCAUACAUUAAUACAUUUCUCAAUACAUCUCAAACUCAAGCCGCUAUUUAUCAUUUUGAAAAAGCCUUCAAAGAACUAACUCAAGUAGAUGUGGUGGAAAACUAUCAUCAAUUCACUAAAUACGAUGUGCUUCUAACUCUACCAACAAUUCGCAUCCUUGAUAUCAUGGCAUCUAAUAAGGAUUUUCAAAAAUUACAAGAGUGGCUUCUAAUAGUUAAUGAUGAACAGCAUUACAAGCUAACUGAUGAGAGUGAUGAUUGCAAAAUAAUUCUUAAUGACUAUAAUUGGCUCAAAUAUCUCAAUGUUGGUCUUUUAAACAAUAAUUACGACUUGGUUAAAACCGUGUACGAUAAUUUUAUUAUGAGUGGAUAUGACGAAGGAAUAUCUACAGAAGAUGUUCUCUUUAGAAAAGAUCCCACAAUAUCUUCAGCUUAUGGGAAUGUAAUUUUGAAUUCCGUUAAUGACAAGACAAUAUUUCAAAUUCUCCAUACAUUUGCGAUAAACGGCGAUGUAAACCUGACCCUUGCCUUGAUCGAAUCACACUAUAUUCACAAAACAAUGAAAGGUGAAAAGGCGUUAACAAAAGAUCUAUGUCUAAAGAUAAUUGAAUCGUACUGCUAUCAUCCUGACUUACAGAAUAAUUGGAGUGAGGACGAAAUAGGGUUAUCAAAGAAACCUAAUGACGAAAGUGUUAAAAGAGUAUUGGAUGUAUUGAACGGGUUUGUCAUGAAGUUUGAUUCAGAUAAAGAUAAUAGUAUUAGUUAUCGGGAUAUCACGGAUGCCAUGUCUUUUAAAUUUUUAAAUUAUAAGGUCUACGAUAAAAAUAUUAGAAAAGCUAAACACAAAGAACUUGAAAUAUCUGAGAAGAUAAGAAAUCCUGAAGACAUUGAUAAGAUUCCAGGUUUGCCAAGAAAGAUUUCCAAUAGAAAUAUAGAGAGUUCUUUUCAAGGAAAUGUAUUAGCUAAUCUUGAAACAUUGUCAGGCUUCAUCUUGGACCACCUAGAAUAUUUGCGUGAAAAGAGUUAUUCUGACUCAACAAUAAUUUUAUUCAUCAAUUGCAUCUUAAAUCAUACCAAUUUGUAUCAAAACUUUUCAGGAACUGUGAAAGCAUUAUCAACCAUAUGUAAAAUGUUUCCAAACUCGGUCUCUGAUUACCUAAAUGAUGAUCUGAUGAAUAUCAUACUUAAUUCAUUAGCAAACUCUAAUUCAGCCAAAAUAUCAUCACUAAUUUUAUUUAAAUACUUGCAUAACAAAAAAAGGGUAACUCACAACCACUAUAGGUGUUUUAUAUCUGCAAUAUUGAGAGGAGAUUUUCACGACUGUUUACAAUUUUUUCUUUAUAAUUACUUAUUAGAUUAUGGUGGUGUAAUAGACUCAAGGAUUCAACAAAUGCUUCAAGAUUUACCCUCAGAUAUUACCCAUUCUAGUGCAAGUACUUCGUCUUUGUUAACAUUCAUUACAGACAAAGCUAAAAUUAAAUUAAGUGAUAAAAGCUUGAAUUAUCAAGUAAUUUCGCCCGAGGAAGUAGAUCAGUUUUGGAAACUUAACAAAAUCCGACAUGAGGAACCAUUUGUUGGAGACAAAAACAUCCCACAUUUUAAAAGAGUUUAUAAUCAUUAUUUUGAUGUACGGGAUGCCAAUUAUUUGACCUAUAUAUUUCAAUUGCCAGCUUAUGAUAAGAUCUCACUACAGUAA